GAAGUUGUAUUUAGAUUCGGUGAUUCUAAAAUUAACGUGUUUUAAAUGAAAGUAGAUAAAAAUUGAGUGAAUUCGUCGAAGAUGUUGUGCAGUGAUCGUUUGUUGAUACCUGUGGAUAGUUUAAGAGUGUUUGGUUCGCAUCAAUUUGUUUGUUAGAGAAAAGUCCAGUGGUUGUAGUUAUGAGUCGGGUAUCCCGAAAAUCGCGAAAAAUUUCAAAAAUUCCCACCGUGUGACGCUGGCAGCAUGAGACAAGGUCGCGCCGGCCAACGGAAAGCAAGAUGCCUUAGCCGCCGCGUAGCGCCCCCCAUCACGCUGCCAGUCACCCUGGAGGACCCCGCCACGACCUGGAAGGGACCGCCGCCCGGCUCGGAACCGCAGAACUUCGCUACCAACGCGGCAAACUCGUUCUCCGGGCCGCCGGCGGGCUUCCAAGGGCCGUCGCCUUUCCAGGGCCCGCCGGCGGGGGCCGGGUCGCCGGCCGGCGCGCCGCCCUACCAAGGGGGCCCCCCGCCGGGCUCCUCGACGCCGCAGUACACCGCCUCUCCGGCGCCGUCAGGAUCGUCGACGCCGGGGCCCGGGCCCCCCCAAAGCGUCGGCAAUGCGUUUCCGCCGCCCCCGAACAGCGCGGGACCCCCCUACAACGGGCCGGGGCCCGGACCCUUCGGCUCGCCGUCCGCCGGAGGACCGCCCUUCGGCCGGCCCGGAUCCUCCGGACCUCCGUUCGUAGGGGGGCCAGGACCUGGCGGCAACCCGCACUUUGCCUCGCCUGGACAACCCUUCGCACCCGGGUUCGGGAUUCCCCCAGGAUCGCCCUUCGGGCCCGGGCCGGGACAUCCCAUGUCCGGGCCCAUGGAACCCGGACACGGCAUCAUGGCCAGGCAAAUACCCGGACCCAUUCCAGUAGACCAAGGAUCUCUGCCCGUCCCAAGGCGGCAUACACCUUAUUUCGGUCAACCUGACUACCGAAUAUACGAACUCAACAAGAGGCUACAGCAAAGGACGGAGGUUAGUUUAAAUGAAAGUGAUAAUCUUUGGUGGGACGCGUUUGCGACGGAGUUUUUUGAAGACGACGCCUCAUUAACGCUAGCUUUUUGUCUGGAAGACGGCCCUAAACGAUACACAAUCGGAAGGACGUUAAUUCCGAGGUACUUUAGGAGUAUAUUUGAAGGUGGAGUGACGGAACUGUACUAUAAUAUGAAGCAUCCGAAAGAGUCCUUCCACAACACUAGUAUUACGCUAGACUGUGAUCAAUGCACUAUGAUUACGCAUCAUGGUAAACCCUUAUUUACAAAGUUUCCAUUGCAGGUAUGUACAGAAGGUCGUUUAAUCCUAGAAUUUACCUUUGAUGACCUGAUGAGGAUAAAGUCGUGGCAUUUCGCGGUGCGAACGCACCGCGAAUUAAUCCCCCGAUCUGUGGUAGGAAUGCAUUCGCAGCAAGACCCCAGCAUGUUAGAUCAACUAUCAAAAAACAUCACGAGGCAAGGAAUCACGAAUUCCACCCUCAACUACCUUAGGCUAUGUGUAAUACUAGAACCCAUGCAGGAAUUAAUGUCUAGGCAUAAAGCUUACGCAUUGAGUCCGAGGGAUUGUUUAAAAACCACACUUUUCCAAAAGUGGCAAAGGAUGGUUGCCCCGCCGGGUAAGAGAGAAUCACAACGGCCCGCUAAUAAACGGAGAAAACGGAAAGGAUCCAACUCGGGAGGGGCACCCAAUAAUGCAACUCCAACACCUAACAAGAAGAGGUCGCCAGGACCAAACUUUUCGUUAGCAUCGCAGGAUGUGAUGGUGGUGGGCGAGCCCUCGCUGAUGGGCGGCGAGUUCGGGGACGAAGACGAGCGCUUGAUAACGCGUCUGGAGAACACGCAGUACGACGCGGCCAACUCGUUAGACCAUGACAACCACGGCUUCCACGCGGACUCUCCGAUGCCGGGGUCGAACUCGUGGGGCGCCGGGGUUGGCGACCGGGGUCCCGGCGUGGGCCCCUCGCAGGGCAACACCCCCUCGAAUCAGGACUCUGAUAAAAAAUCGCCCGCUGUGAGCCAGUGAUGAUAGUUCAAUCGUAACGAACAUGUAGAAUCUCUCCGAGUCAGUAUUUCCUGUUGAAAGUGCGAUCACACGAUGAUACUAGCCAGUGACAAGUUGUUUUUCAUUUUUUAUUUAAUUUUAUAUGCAAGUUUACAAAGUAAAAGAAUUACUUAAGUGCAAGAUUUUAUUGGGAGUGAGAUGAAAACUGCGUUUAUAAUACAGAGUGGAUCGAGUGGAGACUGGAAUAAUGCGUUGUCGGGGUUGUGGUGGCAGCACUGAAGGUGGUGACAACACAAGCUGGAUAAGGUUAUUGCACCCGAAAUUGUGCAAUCUUAAAAUGGUUCCUUUUGGAACCACUCACCAUAGGUACCUCUACAGAGUGAAUGUGGUUCUCGAAUGAUGCAGCUCAUUUGUACAGUAGAUAUAAAACAUCACACUGUCUUGUUUGUCUUCUGAGUAACACAGAUAUUUCAAGUGGACGCCUCGGGUUAAAUUCCGACAGUGGGGGCCGCCGUAAGGCCAGGUGGUGGUGUUUUAUUUAUUGGUUGAAUCACAUUUCCUAUAUUUAGCUGUAGGGUUAAGUUCCUAGCGAUUUUUACGAAAUCACCGAACCUUACGGCCGUCAAACCGUCCGAAUUUCAUCCAGAAGCGUACUUUACGAGUGGCACUCUUGAUCGGAGGCGAUCUCGUUUAUUAGGAUCAAUUUUGUAUAGUGAAGAUAAAUUUAAAUUGUAUAACAUACUUAUAAAUAUUAUGUCCAUUGAGAAUAUGUAAUUUACAUCCAAAUGUGAUGUAUUUUAUAGGAGCGUCUGAGUGAGUGGGAUUUUAAGAAAACUGUUCUUUUAAACGAAUGCCUGCAAUUUCUGUAUCGGUGUCAGAAUGCGAGUUUUAAUUGUAACAAGUAAUUAAAAAAUUAAAAUUUGGGACUGUAGUAUUUUUUACUAAGUCUCAUUUCCAGCUGUGUAAGUGUAUUUUUACAACUCUUUUGUCAGUAGUUGUGUGUGUCUUUCCUUGUUCCGGUUGUUUGGUUUAUUUCCAUUUUUUCAAUUUGUAAUCUCAUGUGUAAAGAGACUGUACCCAGUACAGCUCCUACUGCAACCUCACAAUACAACACUUACAAAUA